ACACAGAGGAGACCGUUAUUAUGGCAGCAGCGAUAACAACAACGGCAACGGCGGCAGCAGCUACAAUUACGACAACUACAACAAUAAUGAUAACCAGGAUUCUCACUACAACCGUCACAGUCGUCCCUCUCGCUUCUCCGACGGUCCUAUGAGUCGCUACAACAACAAUAAUAAUAGUAAUAAUCAAGACUCUUAUCAAUAUAACAGCCGCCGCCGUAGCCCUAACAAUUUUCGAGGAAGUGGCGGAGGUGGAGGAGGAGGAGGAGGGGGUAGCCGUCCUUUUGAUAGUCCUCCGCGUCAUCCACCGGGUGGUGGCGGUGGAGGAGGAUUCAGGCCAAUGGGUGGCGGUGGAGGAGGAGGAGGUUUCCUUCCUAUGGGCGGAGCGUUUGGGUCGAACUAUCCGGUGGCGCCGCCACCGUUGCCGCAAGUUUCGGGACAGAAAAGAGGUUUUUCUGGCCGAGGGUCUUCUCCUGAUCGAUUUGACGGUGGCAGUUUUGCGAAACUUUUUGUUGGCUCUGUUCCAAAGACAGCCACUGAAGAGGAUAUUCGCCCUUUCUUUGAAGAACAUGGACAUGUGAUAGAGGUUGCUUUAAUCAAAGACAAGAGGACUGGACAACAACAAGGUUGUUGUUUUAUAAAAUAUGCAACUUCAGAAGAAGCUGAUAGGGCCAUUAGAGCCUUGCACAAUCAACAUACUUUGCCUGGGGGAAUGGGUCCUAUCCAAGUUCGAUAUGCUGAUGGGGAGCGGGAACGUCUUGGUGCAGUUGAGUACAAAUUGUUCGUGGGCUCACUGAACAAACAAGCUACUGAAAAAGAAGUUGAAGAAAUUUUUUCACCAUAUGGUAGAGUUGAAGAUGUUUACCUCAUGCGUGAUGAAUAUAAGCUGAGUCGUGGAUGUGGAUUUGUUAAAUACUCUAACAGAGAGAUGGCACUGGCAGCUAUAAAUGCUCUUAAUGGAAUUUAUACCAUGAGAGGAUGUGAUCAACCAUUAACUGUCCGGUUUGCUGAUCCUAAGAGGCCUAGGCUUGGAGACUCAAGGACUUCUCCAGCAUUUGGAGGUCCCGGUUUUGGUCCUCGGUUUCCACCACCAGGGCCUAGACCAGCACCCAAGUUUGGUGAGCCUAUGGGUGAUCGAAUUCCUCAGAAUGCUUGGCAUCCAAUGAGUCCUCAGAACAUGGGACCAUCUUCAAAUCCGGGCAUCCGUGGUUUUGGGAAUCAGUUGCUUCCUAGGUCUGGUGAUCUAGGAAUGCCUUUAAAUCCGGGUGGUCCUACUGAUGGUCCUCUUCCAGGACUUGCUGUUUCUUCAACUUCAUCUGCUUCACAACAGAGUUUUAACCAACCUUUAUCACAAGUACCAUCUCUUGGUCAGCAAAUAUCGCCAUUACAGAAGCCGCGUCAAUCCCCUCAGCAUAUAAAUCCUUCACUUCAACUACAUCCUCCGGCUCCAUCUUCUUACCCGCAGACUCAGAGUUCCCAUGUUGGUCAGCUACAGGUUCCUAGUCAGACACCCUUCAGCCAAGCAAUGCCAUCACAGCAUUUACAUGGCUUGAGUGGACAGUUGACUGGUUCUCAACCUCAGGUUCAGCAUAUAGCUUCAUCUGCUCCAUCACUACAAACUCUUCAAAAUCUGAAUCUGCAAUCCAAUCCAGUGUCCAAUGCUACAAAUCAACAGCAGUUGCCUGCUCCUGUCCAGCAGCAAAUGCUUCAACCUUAUCAGCAAUCCCCUUCUCAGUUAGCUCAGAUGCUGUCACAGCAGACUCAAACUCUGCAAGCGACCUUUCAAUCAUCCCAGCAGGCGUUCUCUCAACUGCAGCAGCAAUUGCAGCUGAUGCAGCCAUCUAAUCAAAAUCUAUCAUCGCAGCAGGGUUCUCAGUCUACAAAACAGCAGUCUCAGUGGGCUGGGAUUGCACCACAGACAGUUGCCAGCGCUCCUGGUUCCACACCAGCUGCAGAUGCACCCCCAUCUACAUCGGCUGCCCCUGCUGUAUCUGUAACAACCCAAACUGUACCUCCCGUAAAAUGUAAUUGGACAGAGCAUACCUCCCCAGAUGGAUACAAGUACUAUUAUAAUGGCAUAACUGGUGAAAGCAAGUGGGAGAAACCCGAAGAGUUAAUAUUAUUUGAACAGCAGCAGCAGCAACAAAAACCACCAGUUCAACAGCCUCAAAACCAGUCAAACCCCCAAGUUUUGCCUGCACAGCAGCUUCCACAAGCACAACAGAUGCACCUUCAACCACAGCUCCGUCAACAACAGCAGCAGUUGCAACAGCCAUUUUCUUCAUCGUAUCCAGCUUCUGGAGUUAGAGGUCAACAUAGUGCUCAGGAACAUGGAUAUCCUCAAUUACCAACUGCAGCUGGUUCAGUCAAUGAUCCAACACGCUUCCAACAGCAGGGGGUCCAGGCUGCUCAGGAGUGGAUGUGGAAGAAUAAGCCAUCAGGGACUUGAAGUGGAAAGGUAGAAUUAGAGGUGGCCCAGUGGCAAAACUACAUGUUUGAAGAAUCCGAAAGCCAGAGACUUUGUAUCAAACUUCCGGCAAGGGUGAGCUAGAACAGCUGCUUAUAAUUCGAAUGCCAGACCAGCAUUAAUCUUUAUCACAUCGAUUAUUAUCCCAUCUUCCGCCCUGGAGUUAUUGGCUUUGAUGAAAUAAUCCUCUGUGCAAUGGAUGCCUUUGUAACACAAAGUUGUUGCCGCAUUUUGUAACAUAAUACUAGUUGGUAUAGUUAAAUAAUGUUUAGCCAAAAUCAUAUAUAGUAAAUCAUAACAUUAAUGUGGGAUUGCUGAGCUCUUUGUACAUCUGAUGCAAAUUUAUGCUAGGAGUUGAAGCCUUGAAGGCCACUCUAUUCUUUUUG